AUGGAAGGCACUCGAUCGCCUAUAAAAUAUCUCUCCAAGUUCUCAAAUUCUUCCUCUUCUUCUUCUCAACUCAUCUCAUCAUCUUCUUCUUCUUCUGCUUGUUCUCUCCUCCAACGGCGCUCAUAUCUAUUCCUGUCGCUCCAAUAUAAAUUACUACUGUAUAUGACACCGCUGACUCUCGUUUUUUGUUUUUCAACCUCCGUGAUGGCUUGUCAGUGCAACCUCACCAUGCUAGAAACGGCCGUGCGAAGAGGAACAGCCAAAGAAGCCAUCGACUACCUGUCAUGGCUCCUCUUCCCGGUCCUAACUGGGGUAGUAUUACAUUACUUUCCCCACUUAGACUCAUGGGCAUGCGACAAGCUUGCCAAGACGACAGUCGAAGACGCCGAGAACCCUGAACCGGACCGGCAAACUGAAACCACCCGACCCGUUGCUCAGGGUGUCAACGCCUUCGGCCCUCUUUCUGCGGAGAGGGGGCCGAAGGUAUCUCUAAGGAGCUUCAUGGCCAGGUGUCAAGUCUUCAUAGCUUCCGAAACGCAGGCGAGGGCCGAGUUACGGAAGACUUUGAAGGGCAUCAAGACGAAUAUUAACGCCAACGAACAACUUGGAUGUUUUCCUUAG